AUGGCCAUUCUUUGCCGUCAUUCAUUUGAGCCACCGCUGGCUGCCAGCUUCCCUGGGUAUUACGUACAGCAAGUCUUAGAGAUAAAAGCUACUUCCGGUCUAUUUGCGAAACCUGGGAUACCCUUCCUUCCUUUCAUGACCAUCCAGGACGCCACCUCCAACAUCCCGAGCAAAUGUGGCUCAUCGGCCUUAUCAAUGGCUCCUCGAAAAAAGGCCUCCUCAUCUGAUCCACUUGUCUUCCACGGACGCCACUUUGGUCAAACGGUAUUUGCGUUAUGCAACUACCCUUCCCUACUCACCAACGGCAUCUUGAGACUUGAGCAAAUGGAGGAUACCCCAUUGGAGGACUUUCCUGCUGAGUAA